UUCUGCAGGGAGGCGGUCGUUUGGAAGCGACUGAUUCAUCCCAAUAUCGUCCCCUUCAUCGGCGUUGAACCUAGGAACCAAGCAUGCAUCGUGUCGGAAUGGAUGGAUAACGGCGAUAUUAUGUCGUAUCUCGAAGACCACCCACGCGCCAAUCGCAUUGAUCUCAUCACAGACAUCGCCCGUGGCUUGAAUUACAUGCAUGCGAGCGGACUCGUACACGGGGAUCUCAAAAGCCGCAACGUCCUUGUGGACAAAAUCGGGCGGGCACGUCUUAGCGAUUUUGGUCUUGCCACGACGAUCCUCGGUACCGCCUCUUUGGCGGCAACCGCCGGAUCGUCCGCAAACUGGGGCUCGAUCUGUUACAUGGCUCCCGAGUUGAACGAUCACAUGGCGAAGAAUAAAAUCUUGACCUCGAAGUCCGACGUAUAUGCGUUUGGUAUGACCACAUGGGAGAUCUUUGACGGGAGACACCCAUUUUACGACGUUCAAAAUGUAUUCGUGAUCCUUCGUCAAGUCCUUGAUGGUACACGACCAACGCGCCCUGUGCACGCGCAAGACCUAGGCCUGGAUGAUUUUAUAUGGGAGGUUGUCAUUAGCUCGUGCUGGUUAGCAGACCCGUCUGAGCGACCUGACAUGUCGGAGGUACUAGCAUGGCUGGGACCAUAUAAUUCUGCUCAAGGGCUCGUUGCGAAGCUGGUACAUGAAGGUCUCUCGGAUGCCGAUCGGCAAGUGCUCGAUCAGCUGCUGUUUACAGGUGAGUCAUGA